AUGUGGUCGCCCACCUACACGGGCUUCGUGGUGAUGUGCCUGGGCGCCGUAGUCAUGGCCGGGCUGAGCCCGGUGCGGGCGCUCUUCACAGCCGCCUUGGGGGCGGUGCUGGCCAUGAAGCUGGCGGAGGAGGAGAAGGCCUUGUCAGAGGCGCGGCCAGAGGAGUGGUCGCGGUAUUGCAAGAAAGUUCCCUACAAGCUGGUGCCAUUGAUCUGGUGA